AUGGACGGUAGGAGGACGCGGAACACGUUACCCAAAGAAGGCAAAACCUGUGAUGCGCCAGAGCCCAUCUCGAACACAAUAUUUUUAACUCUUACUGUAUCUGCUGCACUAUCAGCCAUAGUGGGGAACAUACUCAUCUGUAUGGCUAUGUAUAAAACCAAAACCCUAAGAACACCCGCCAACUAUCUUCUUGUCAGCCUCUCUGUAGCAAGCCUUUUGUUUGUUCCCGUGUUGGGGGGUUACUCCUUUUCUUUCACCAUCAAAGAAUGCGAUCCGAGGGCUAAAACCUUGUGCACGUGGUCUUCGAAAAUGGAUUGGAUUUUAUUCUGUGUUGUUAUGCUUCACUUGCUGUUCAUAUCGUUGGAUCGAUUGUUAGCCAUAAAACAACCCAUGAGAUACCCUGUCUUGGUGACUAAAAAACGUUCGCUCGCUACAAUUACUGCCCUGUGGGUCGUGGGCAUCUUAGAAGGCGUAACACCGAACCUGAUCAAAGAAAUUAUAGGAAAGGAAGGCCACGCACUUUUGGAGCUAGCGUAUGGUUGCCCCCGAAGCAGCCUUAUUCCACGGGAAGCUCGCAUACAACCCAUAAUGCCUCAUUACCUUACUCUCUUGGCAAUAGUUAUCUUGGUGCCCAGCGGUAUCAUGCUAGUUUCACAUGCGUGGAUUUUCAUGAUCUCCUUUAGACAGUACAGACGAAUAAGAACACUAGAGGACGCUUUCUCGCGAAGGCAUGUCACUGAAUUGCGCGCCGCCAAGACCGUAGCUGUCAUCGUGUUUUCAGCGUUGGCUUGUUUCGUACCUGUCCUCGCUGUGACUCUCAUCACAACAUUUGAGCCGCCCAGCGGUAACUCACUGAACGCUGGUGAAAGGAUUGUUAAGUUCAGACUCUUUCCAAGUCUAAAAAUUCUGUACUUAUUAGCAAUAAGUUUGAACCCGUUAAUUUACGCUUUAAAAAGUGAGCCUUUCAGGCAAGCAAUCAAGAGGACAAUUCGACCAUGUUGUGCAAUCUGUCGCCCAAACCCUCCAGGGAACAAGUUCAAUAAAGAGCUUGCUGUUCGAAAUUAG